AACCAAAAAAAAAAAAAAAAUGUUCUAUCCAGCUGAUGAGCUGAUAAAUCCUAGGUUACAUUUUUCGGUGUAAAUCAAGAUUUUCUUCUAUAGAAGAAUAAAACAGCUUUUAGAAAUCGUUUUUAAUCUUGUGCAAUAAUGACAGAAUACAAGAAACCUCCAACAGACCCAGAUUUACUAAGGUUCAAUGAAAAAAAUGAUUACGAUUCUCUUGCAAAGUACCUAGUCGGAAACAUAUAUCGAUACCGUGAAAACAUUAUUAUACCAAGAGUUUUGGGGCCUGUGAUUAUUAAGACAAACGACGAGAAGAUGAUUGAAGCCACAGUAGAAAGCUGCCCGUUCAAAUCACUAACAAGCUGUAUCAUAGGCUAUGGUCUUGGAGCAGCUGUUGGUCUCUUCACAUCAUCCCUAAUGCCCAAUGUAACAGACGUAACAGCACAACAAAAUCAAACGGCUAGAGAAAUUCUCAGAGAAAUGAAGAACUCUAUGCUCAGUUAUGCGAAAAACUUCGCUAUUCUGGGAGCUGUAUUCUCCGGAGUAGAAUGCUGUAUUGAGUCAGCCAGAGGGAAAUCAGAUUGGAAAAAUGGAACAUAUGCAGGGGGCAUCACCGGAGGAUUAAUUGGUUUAAGAGGUGGCCUCAAGGCAGGACUUUUUGGCGCAGCUGGAUUUGCCGCAUUUUCAACAGUUAUAGAUUAUUAUAUGCAUCAACGUGGCUCAUAAAUUGUAAUUGUUAAAAAUAUGUACCUAGUACCUAAUAAAUAAAUGUGAAUUUUAGUUGGUUAAA